AUGGGACGUGGAACACAGAACCUCAGAAGAUAGUUAAACUGGGAGUUCUGCCUGUCAGAAGUCUGCUUGUGAUGGAGGAGACCAUUUGGGCUGCAUGUGGUGGACAAAUUUUUAUAAUCAGCACUGUGACACAUUCCAUAGAGAGCCAUUUUGAAGCCCACCAAGAGGAAGGGAUGGUGAUCUCUCACAUGGCUGUUGCUGGAGUGGGAAUCUGGAUUGCCUUCACAUCUGGAUCUACGCUUCGCCUGUUUCACACCGAGACACUGAAACACCUCCAGGAUAUUAACAUUGCCACACCAAUUCACAAUAUGUUGCCAGGGCAGCAGUGUGUUUCUGUGACCAGCCUCCUGGUGUGCCAUGGUUUAUUGCUGGUUGGAACAAACCUGGGUAUAAUCGUAGCAUUACCAGUGCCGCGCUUGCAGGGGAUUCCCAAAGUAACUGGAAGAGGAAUGGUGUCGUAUCACGCACACCAUGGCCCAGUCAAGUUUCUUGUAAUGGCUACGUCUAUAAAUAAGAAGAACAGAAACAAACUGAAGAACAGCCCGCCGCCUGGCUCCGAACCUAAAGACGACGACCAAAAGAAUGUUCUGCCCAACGAGAGACCAGGCUCUUCCCUUAGUAACACCCAUGACACUGCAGUUUGGCUGGGGGGUUCAGUAGGAUCCAUUGCACAGAAAAGCGACUUGUCGUCCUCUUCUGGAUCGCUUACUUUGUCUCAUGGAUCGAGUUCCCUAGAACAUAGGCCAGAGGACAGUAACAUUUACGAGCUUUUGAAGGAUCAAAAUAUCUCAUUAAAAAGUAAAAGACAGAGAUCAAAGAAAAUGAAAGCAAGUUCAGUAUUAGUCAUUUCUGGUGGCCAGGGACACAGAAGAGUGAACAAGAAGACCAAGCAGCAGCGACAAGAUGAACUAGUGUCUUCAGUGAUGGUCUGGGAAAUCCCACUAUUAAAUAUAUAA